AUGGUGGCGGGUGACAACCCGCGGCCGGCCGCGCGCCGCCUGGCAGCGGCGGAGCUCGUGCGCCAGUGCGAAUGGACGCCCGGCGGCCAGUGCGCCCUGGGUGCCGACUUUGCGUUGCGCGCGCUCGCGCCAGCCAAGGCAGACCCCGUGUCGCAAUACGUCUCGCGCUCGCUGGCGUGUGCGCGCGUCACCAGCGCGGCGGCGUGCGAGGCGGACGUCACCUGCUCGUGGAACCCAGCAUUUGCAGACGGCCAAGAGGGCUGCUUCCUAUCGGAGUCGCAGCUGAUGGCCAUCCAGCAGCUGUGCGUGCAGCCGCGCUACGCGCGCGCGCUCGGCACGCUGCAGGCAUGCAUGGCCGAGCGGCGCGGCUGCCACUGUGCGGCGGGCGGCGCGGGCUGCGAGCGGCUGGCGAACGGCGCGGAGGGGUGCCAGCCGCUGCUGGGCUGCUGGUUGGCUAGGCUGCAAGACCAGCCGUUUGACCUGGUCCAAGUCAUGCAGGCGAGCCUGCUGCGCGCCACGCCGCUGCUCACGACGCUCUCGCCCAGCGCCGCGACGCCCAGCGUCGCCAUGCCUGCACGCGCGCCCCCGGCCGCGCCCGGCGCGGGCACCGGGGGCCACGGGGCUGCGGGCGGCCGGCGGCGGCGGCUGAUGCAGCCGGCGGGGCUGAAUGCGCCUCUGAACGACGACGCCUCCGGCGGCAAGAAGCGCAAGCCGGUGGCCGGCGCGGCUGGCGCAGGCGCAAAGCCUCAGUCAGCUGCCGACUCGGACGCCGGCCAGAACAAGCCCAUCAUGUCGGACGGCGCGGCAGCUGCGAGCAACGCCGUUGGCACUGGAGGCGUGGGUACGCUUGAGGCGGCGACGCUUGUGGAUGCGGGCAUUCUGCAGGCAGAGGCGACUGUCGCGACCGGAAUCGCGCCCACCACUGGCGGCGGCGCCGGCGGCGCCGGCGGCGCGGGCGAGGGGGAGGCGCUGCCUUACGCGCCGCCUUCGUUUUGGAAGUGCUUGGCGGAUGCGGCUGCGGCGGUGGAUGCGGCGCGGGAGGUUGCUGGGGUGGAUUACAACAGUCAGAAGCUGAGCCUCGACGCGCUGCUCAAACGCGUUCCUGAACAGGCCGUCCUGCCCUGGGGCGCCAAGGCCCUGGACUGCUACAAGCAGCAAGCCGCCUCCAGCAAGCAAUCCGGCGUCGGCGCCGCGCCCGACAGCCAGCCGCCUGAGUCUUACGCGUUUGCGCUCGACACCCUGCGCGCCGCCUUUGGUGCCUUUGACGCAGAGCUUGCGCUCUACACCAGAGCGCGCGCAGCCGCCGCUGCCGAUGAUGUCAGCGGCGCGGCCGCGGCCGCAGCCGGGCUGCGGGCCUUGCAGGAAGUUGUGCUGCCCGCGGCAAUCGCGCCGCUGGCUGCACAGUACAACAGCAGCGCGGCGUACAGCGGCGCCUCGCUGCUGCAGGCGCGGGCGCUGCUGGCGGACGCGGUCUGGUUUGUGCGGGAGGCCGGGGCCGUGGGCGCCGCCCUGGGCCAGGAGGAGGCGGCGAUGCAAGGCGUGGCUGCUUACGGCGCGGAUCAGAUGCGGCAUCUGCUGCGCUGGCUGUUCGCCGAGCAGUUCGGCGGCGCUAAGGGCUACUCCCCCGAGGCGCCGCCGCCUCCAGCGCCCGCUGGCGCCGCCGCGGCGCAGGCGCUCGCGGCGCUGGCCGCAGCAGCGCUGCCGCCCGCGGGCGUGCAGCUGUCGGAGCCCCGCUGGCUGCAGGCCCGCGCCAUGGCGUCGCACGCGCUGCUGUCCAUGGGGCGCGCUGCGUCGGCGGCGCCCGUCGCCUCGGCUGGCAACGCAUCUGCGACGACGGCCGCGGUUCUCAGCACCAUGGGCGGCGCUCACAUCGCCGACUUUUGGACCGCGCGCGUCGGCGCUGCCACCGCCGAGGCAGACGGCGCGUUGCGCGCGCUCGCGCUUGACGAUCGCAGCACCACGCGUGGCUGGCGGGAGGCGGCGUUGGGCCUUGCCGCGGCGCUGGCCGGCCUGCGGCGCCAGGUGGCGCUGCUCGCAGGCGACGACGGCAACAUUGCCGCGGCCAGCCCGAACGCCACCCCCGUGGCAGCUAUGCGUGGAGGGCUGGGGCAGCUGCUUGGGGGCGUCGUCGCAGCCGCCACCGGCGCCACAGAUGACGGCGUCGCGGGGGCGAUCGCAGAAUCAGUCCGACGCGCGUCGGAGCUAGCGGAAGCCGCCGCGGCGUGCAUAGGCCCCUCCGUUGCGGGUGCCCCAGCAGCCGUGGCCGCGCGGCAGGCAGCCUGCGGGCAGCUGAAGACCUUUGCGGCAGGCCUGGUUGAGGCGGCUCUUGGCGACCUUGGAUCCUCGGAUGUGCUCUACACCACGGCAGCGAACGACCUGGAGCUGCAGUGGCGCUGCCUCGCGCAGCCACCCGCGGCCUGCUCCGCCGUCCCAGGCUGCGCUCGCAGUGUGCUGCCGUUUGCGCCGGCGCUGGCGUCGUACCCGACGGCCGCGCAGCUGCCGGUGGCGGCCGAGGCGGCGUUUUGCGAGGCCGCCGACCACCGGCUGACCCUGCGCGCCGCCGGAGCGCCCGCGCGCGCGGCGCUUGCGGCCAGCGACAGCUGCGUUGCGUUCUUAGACCUGCCGGCUUGCGAGGCCGUGGCCGAUGGCGCCAAGGGCUGCUCCGCGCAGCCGGCGUGCCAGUGGCGCGCCAAGGGGACGCGCGCCCUGCUCGCGGGCGCGCCACCCGGGAGCGCCGGCGCCGCCGGCGUUUGCAGCACAGACUGGCAGCUGGCGCUUCGCGGCGGCGCAGCUGACGGGCGGCUGCCAGGCGCGGUGGCGGGCGCAGCAAGCGUGUGCGCCGCGCAGGUGGACGCUGCAAGGUGCGCCUCCCUCAUGACCGAGGUGGAGACAGCGCCGUCAGGCCACACCUCUGCCACGACCAACAUCGCGAUCGCGGUUGUGGCAGCCGCAGCGGCGACCACCCUUGCUGUCGUCGGCGGGAUCCUUGUCUGCGUGCGCCGCAGCCGCGCGGGCGCCGACGCCGACGCCGACGGCGCCGGCGGCGAGCGCGUGCGAGUGCCGCUGGGGCGCCGCCGGCGCAUGGGCAAGAAGACUGACAAGCAUGCGUUGAGGAAGAAGGUGAAGCGCUCAGAGCCUGGGGAGUACAAACCCGACCUGAUGCGCGACUCAUUCACGGACUACCUCGCGCGCCCGGCCUUCCGCGCCGGCGUUGCGAUUGCCGCCGCCAACAUCGCCGCCGCCGACGGCGAGGGCGCCGCGGCUGCCGCAGCAACGCCUGCAUGCGGCAACGGCCGCGUGGCAGGCGGCGCGCAGCAGCUGCUGCUGGAGCCGACGUGGACCUUUGUUGGCGGGGUGCAUCCUGGUGGCGAGCAGCAGCAGGAGGGCCUCUCCAGGGCGGGGUCUGGCGUAGCUGGGGCCCUGAUCCAGUUUGGCAGCUGCGAAUCGGGCGAGCCGCUGGUCAGCCGGCACGCCCGCCAGCAGAUGGAGCAGCAGCAGCAGCAGCAGCAGCAGCAGCAGCAGCAGCAGCAGCAGCAGCAGGAAUUACUCGCCCGGCAUGAGCAUCAGCAUCAGCAGCAGCAGCAGCAGCAGCAGCAGCAGUCGCUGCCGCAGCAGCAGCAGCAGGUUAGGCAGCUCGCCUUCUCCCUCAACCCAUUCCAGGUCGAGCAGCAGCGUGGCGCUGCCCCAAUCACCGGCGCCCCGCCCCGCCACCCAGGGACCAUGGUCUCGCAGCAGCGGACAGCUGAUAUGCCCUGGCACACACAGCGGCCGACUCGGUCAAGCCAACGAGGGGGUGAUGGAACCAGUAACGACGGAGAUGCUUCUGUAAGCGGCAGCGGCACCCCCACCAGCUCUUGA